AGUGGUGUACCAGGAUGGCUUCUACGGAGCAGAAAUCUAUGGGGGCUACGCUGCGUACAGAUACGCCCAGCCCACCACCGCUGCUGCCUACAGUGACAGCUAUGGCAGAGUCUAUGCAACAGCAGACCCCUACCACCACACAAUCGGCCCUGCCGCUACAUACAGUGUGGGGACCAUGGCUAGCCUAUACAGAGGAGGGUACAGUCGCUUCACUCCCUACUAACAGAAAGAAAAAGAGAGAAAGACAGAGACAUUACCCCCCAACAAACAAAAAUCUGACAAAUUAACAAACAAGCAAACACCUCAUCCUUCGUGGAGCGCUAAAUCAAACUAAAAGCUUCCAGGUCUCAAUGCUGACCCCUCCCCCUGACACCCGCCCUCCCGCCACAGACGAUAUCUACAACCUUUUUGAUGUCAUCAUUGGUCUGCUCCUAUGAUUUGUUUUGUAUUCAUUUUGUGCUUUGGAUUGAUUUCGGAGAAGUUAUGUUCUGCACAUGUGACUGCUGUAGAUGGGUGCUGUGUCACCAUAACCAAUGUGAGCCUACUGUAGCACGCAUGAUGCAUGAUCAGAGGGGUGUGUUUCUGCAGUGACCGUCAGAUGGAUGACAAUCUAGUGGGGCAUUAGAUACACUGUUAUUUAGCCUAUUCUUGAAUUGGAAUUCAAUGAAAUUCAAGCAGGAAACAAAAUAUUGUAUUCCAAUUAGCGUUAGAAAUACAUCAUUAUAAUAAUAAGAAAGACUAUGCACAUGCCCUGCUAAUUCUUAUUUCACAAGACGCCACUGUCAACUGUACGAUUGCUCUGUAAUGUUGGAGUGUCCUAAUGCACUUGAAUUGGAGUCCUAACAGUGAUGUGGUGUGACAGCAUGCAGAGUGAGGGCCAUUGCACCACAGUGAGGGGUCAGAGUUCACCUGGGGUUGAGACUGGGGUAGCUCUCGCUAAUGUGAUGGCACUCUAGGCUAAAUGACUUAGGAUUGUGAAGGAUUCAAUGUCUUUGUUUAUUUCAGGCACAUUUUUUCCACACUGAUUUGCAUGUUCACGUAUUAUUAACUGAAGUGUACAGUGCAUUCAGAAAAUACUCAGACCCCUUGACUUUUUCCACAUUUUGUUACGUUACAGCCUUAUUCUAAAAUUGAUUAAAUUGUUUCCCCCCCUCAUCAGUCAACACACAGUACCCCAUAAUGACAAAGCAAAAACAGUUAUUUUUUAUUUUCUUGAAAAUCUAUGUAAAAUAAAACAGAAAUAUCACAUUUAGAUAAGUAUUCAGACCCUUUACAAAGUACUUUGUUGAAGCACCUUUGGUAGCAAUUACAGCCUCGAGUCUUCUUGGUUAUGACGCUGCAAGCUUGGCACACCUGUAUUUGGGGAGUUUCUCUCAUUCCUCUCUGCAGAUCCUCUCAAGCUCUGUCUGGUUGGAUGGGGAGUGUGUUGCUGCACAGCGAUUUUCAGAUCUCUCCAGAGAUGAUCGAUCGGGUUCAAGUCCGGUCUCUGGCUGGGCCGCUCAAGGAGAUUCAGAGACUUGUCCCAAAGCCACUUCUGGGUUGUCUUGGCUGUGUGCUUAGGGUUGUUGUCCUGUUGGAAGGUGAACCUUCGCCCCCAUUCUGAGAUCCUGAGCGCUCUGGAGCAAGUUUUCAUCAAGGAUCUCUCUGUACUUUGCUCCGUUCAUAUUUGCCUCGAUCCUGACUAGUCUCCUAGUCCCUGCCGCUGAAAAACAUCCCCACAGCCUGAUGCUGGCACCACCAUGCUUCACCGAAGGGAUGGUGCCAGGUUUCCUCCAGAUGUGACGCUUGGCAUUCAGGCCAAAAAGUUAAAUCCUGAUUUCAUCAGACCAGAGAAUCUUGUUUCUCAUGGUCUGAGAAUCUUCAGGUGUCUUUUGGAAAACUCCAAGCGAGCUGUCAUGUGCCUUUUACUGAGGAGUGGCUUCCGUCUGGUCACUACCAUAAAGGCCUGAUUGGUGGAGUGCUGCAGAGAUGGUUGUCGUUCUGGGAGGUUCUCCCAUCUCUACAGAGGAACUCUAGAGCUCUGUCAGAGUGACCAUCGGGUUCGUGGUCACCUCCCUGACCAAGGCCCUUCUCCACCGAUUGCUCAUUUUGGCCAGGUGGCCAGCUCUAGGAAGAGUCUUGGUGGUUCCAAACUUCUUUCAUUAAAGAAUGGUGGAGGCCAGUGUGUUCUUGGGGACCUUCAAUGCUGCAGAAAUGUUUUGGUACCCUUCCCCAGAUCUGUGCCUCGACACAAUCCUGGCUCUACAGACAAUUCCUUUGACCUCAUGGCUUGGUUUUUGCUCUGACAUGCUGUGGGACCUUAUAUAGGCAGGUGUGUGCCUUUCCAAAUCAUGUCCAAUUAAUUGAAUUUACCACAGGAUGACUUCAAUCAAGUUGUAGAAACAUCUCAAGGAUGAUCAGGAUGCACCUGAGCUCAAUUUCGAGUCUCAUAGCAAAGGGUCUGAAUACUUGUAAAUAAGGUAUUUCUGUUUUUUAUUUUUAAUACAUUUGCAAACCUUUCUAAAAACCUCUUUUUGUUUUGUCAUUAUGGGGUAUUGUGUGUAGAUUGCUGAAUAAAAAAAUUAUAUGUAAUCAUUUUUAGAAUAAAGCUGUAACAUAACAAAAUGUGGAAAAAGUCAAGUUGUCUGAAUACUUCCCGAAGGCACUAUAUGUGACGUUUAGAGGUGGGUAACCAUUAUUUUUAGUAGGCUACGCUAUCGACUCAUCUAUGAAGUACUGUAGUGCAAUUCCUGAUAACUAUUCACUUUUCAAUAUUGCACAAAACAUUCUGUACCUCAGGAUAAACCACUACAAGUGAUUUGAUCUGACAACUAAUUGUAUCAGUAGAAUGCUUGUCUUGUUUAUUGAAGAUUUUCUUGACAUAAUCAGUGCUUGACUUGUGCAGGAGCUUACCAGAGCUCAGCACCGGCACCUCAGACUUUCUACUGCUUGAGCUCCUGCACUUAAAUAUAAACCGUACCAGCACCCAAAAUGACUAGCAUAAGUCAAGCAUACCCACCAAACACUACCAGUGGGUUCCCCCACUUUACAAUGACAGAGCAUUGUCUUAUUGGUUGAUUUUGCCUAAAUCUCUUUGAAGAGAUGAAUUACUAGAGUAGGUACAGUGAGAGAUUAUAGACUUUCGAUUAUUAGGAGAGAAAUGGACUGUGAACAUGCUUGUAUCAUAUUUCACUUUCAGGAGAAAAUACCUUGUUCCAUACAGCUCUAGGAAGAGUCUUGGUGGUUCCAAACUUCUUCCAUUUAUGUAUUAUAACAUCUGCGUGUUGUCAUACCAUAUUAAUGUACCGAGUACACGUCUUCAACUCAGUAGUUACCCCACAUGAACUCUUGAGAAAAUGGGAACAUUUCAAAGAAACUAUUUUGUAAGUAGAUCAAGCCAAGAGACAUGAUAUAUAGAUCCGAAUACAACUAUGGAAAUCUAUAAUUACUCAACUAUUCGUAUAAUGAUAUAAUUUACGUAUGUAUCCUCUCAAGUGUUAUCUGUUUGUUCAACUUUAUUUGUGUAUUUUGAUCAUUUUGAAGAUGUGACAUGUUUAUAAAGAUAUCAUGUACGAGCAGUUAUGUUUAUUCAACAUGUUGAACAUGACAUAGAUUAAUGUUGUAUACCAAAAUAACAUAUCAUCACUUGAUCAAAGAAAAGCAUAAAACAUUGUUCUUCCUUUAUAUACCAGUAUUUAGGGUUCUACCAUGGGGGCUUUUAUAUACCAGUAUUUAGGGUUCUACCAUGGGGGCUUUUAUAUACCAGUAUUUAGGGUUCUACCAUGGGGGCUUUUAUAUACCAGUAUUUAGGGUUCUACCAUGGGGGCUUUUAUAUACCAGUAUUUAGGGUUCUACCAUGGGGGCGUUUAUAUGAUUCAAAAAAGCUUCAGACAUUAUUAUUAAUGUAUUUGUAGGUGUUUCUGAUUAAAUUACUCUGUGUGUGUGUGUGUGUGUGUGUGUGUGUGUGUGUGUGUGUGUGUGUGUGUGUGUGUGUGUGUGUGUGUGUGUGUGUGUGUGUGUGUGUGUGUGUGUGUGUGUGUGUGUGUGUGUGUGUGUGUGUGUGUGUGUGUGCGUGUGUGAAUAGUAGGGUUGACACAACCCAUUUUAAAUGACUUUCCUCCCCAUCCACUUUCAUUGCGCCAGUAUAAAACUGAGUGCUGCUCUGAGCGCCAGUGGAACUAACACAGAGAAUCCCCCAAGAACAACGGCUCACUGAAGCCAAGUUCCACUGUUUCUUCAACUCAAUUAGUGUCUAUGUUUUAAGCUGAAUUUACAACAGUGGAAGUCUGCUGUUUGAACACAUAGGCUUGAGACAGCUCCACACAAAAUAUAUAUAUUAUAAAAGAGACACUGAACGGCAAGUAAAAUACUCCCCUCUGCCUUGGUAAAAAGAGAACCUCAUAGCUUUGAAUUCUCCCUCUCACUGCCUCCCAAUUCCUAAUGAUGCCCGUCAUUACAGCUGUUGUUUCAAAAUCCUGUUUUGCAAACGGCUUCUUCUACACUGAGCUUAAUGGAGAGAGAAACUUAGUAAUUACUAUAUAGUACCAGUUGAUCUGCUUGAAAGGAAAUAGACUAUUUGAAACCCCCUGUUCAGUUUGGGUGCAGAUAAGUCAUAAAUGAGUUGAGUAGGAAAGCCACAGUGUCAGAAACUGAGAGCAGACAUCUUAAUGAAUAUUGCUCUUCUGAAGCUAUCGUUUAGCAAAUACACUGAAGGCCAUAGUGUGACGAAUAGUAGUUCAUGUUUUUCACUGGCUGUGUGUUUUUGAGGUUUGCCAACUUCUUUCCUCUAGUCUCGACAUCCUGAAAUCUCUCUCCAUGACAACUCUUUGCCUCAAUAAAUCACUUUAUACGUCCUAAUUCAUUGAUAACCUAACCUUGAUACAGUAAAACAGAAUCUUCCACUUUGAGCACCCACUCAUUUCCUGUCUGCACGUGAACCAGCCUGAUAAGAUGCUAGCUGCUAUGAGAGGAACAUCAAUGCCCAGGAGGGGUGUUAGCCGCCAUGCCUCACCACCACAAAUUAGAGCAGGCUAAUCAGCCACUAUCAAUCACUGUAUCGCUAGCUUCUCUUACAGGCUAUUCCUACACUACAUCUUCACUAUGGCAAUGUGCAGAUCUCAGUCUACCAGCAGCUACAUUUCACAGUUAAAAAAGAAAGUCGGCCGAGAACACACCUUUUCAUUUACAUCCUCUACUUUCAGGGUUACUCGGGGUCAGUUUUAUUCUUACAUGAGGACAUUGCAGUGAUGUCAUGUUUUAACUUGGAUGGGUUUGAGUGUUGUCAGUUAAAGUUGUAAUGUGUCCGUACAACUCUUCCUCCCUUUAUAAUCAAUGUAUUCAUUGUUACACUGUUAAAAUGUCAAAUUAUCAAGGCUUCAUAUAACAUGUAAAUAGCUAAUAUAUAUUGUGUCUUAUUAUAUUUUGCUAAAUAUUAAAAAUGUAUCUAUAGUGUAGAGACUGAAAGGUUUUCCAGUUUUAUAAUAUCCUCUAUCCCAUAUACAUUUGUUUUUCAUAGCUAGCUACAUUAUUAAAAACACUCAAUGAAGGUGUUAAACCACAUGCCCAGUCCUAUACAGUUUGCUGACAUUUAAACAUGUUUAUUUGUGUAAAUUGAACGCACAGUUUGUUAAUUCAUUCUGAUGUAUUUACUAUUAUAGUCAGUAAGCCUUGAUAAGCUGACCGUUUCAUUUCUUUCUCCGUCCAAAAGAUUUGUGGAACAAAAGGGAAACAAGCUAAAACGUUACACUUCCUGUAAAUAUAUACAUGUAUAUACACAUAUAUUACCAAUUCUCUGAUUAUCUGGUUUCUAUGUAUUCAUAUAUAUAGUGGUUUUAUCUGUGUAUUUUCAAUUCAGCUGAACCUGUUCUAUGAAUUGUACAAUAUGUCAUUUCUAAAAAAGUAUAUAUUGUCUGAAAGGUGUAAGUAACUGGAUUUUGAUUUAUUGGUACAGUAUAUUACAUUUCCUUUGUCUUCUUUCAUCAAUGACUUAGUUGUUAGUAUAUGUGACAUAUCUAAGCAACCUCUGAUUGUUUUGAGUGUCAGAAUAAAGCGGUUCUGAGAGCA